ACCAAAUCCUAUCUGCUCUCCGCCCCUCCAAAACCCAAGCAGAAUUUGAUCCCCCCCAUGGCAAUCCUCCACGGCUCCACCUCCCAUGGCGCCGCCGCUCGCCGCGCCGCGCUUCCACGCCGCCGCACUGCCCCUCCGCCCCCAGAAGGUCCCCCGUUGGCGCCGCGCCGCCCGGCCCAAUGACGAGGAUUAUUAUUUGAUUGAUGCACCUGAGUCCAUCGGAGACGGCUUCUCGUUCAGUGGCGGGAAGUACGCGGAUGGGCCAAGCAAGUCUGACGAGUGGUUUGCUCAAGGGAGAAUGGUGAAAGCUCAUCCAGUAUAUGGGAACAAAGGGAAGGCAAAAGAUCCCAUAUUUGGGCUCACAAUGGGAGCUAAGUCGCAAUCUUCAGAUGAUGUUUUCAGGUGGUUUUGUGUGGAGGUUGGGAGUUCUUCAAAUCCUUAUGUUCUUUUUAUUCAUGGAUUCCCAUCUCAGGCAUACUCUUAUCGAAAUGUGCUACCUAUAGUAUCAGACAAAUAUCAUGCCAUUGCUUUUGAUUGGCUUGGUUUUGGAUUCUCAGAUAAGCCUCAACCCAAUUAUGGUUUUGACUAUACUCUUGACGAAUAUACGUCGUCCUUGGAGUCGCUGAUCAAUGUCAUUGCUCCUGAUAAACUCUCCAUUGUUGUUCAAGGGUACUUUGCUCCUAUUGUAGUCAAAUAUGCUAACGAACAUCAAGACAAGUUAAACCACCUGAUAUUAGUUAACCCAUCGAUAACAGACAAACACGCGAAGCUUCCAUCCACCCUUGCGUGUUUCAGCAACUUCUUGUUGGGUGAAAUAUUUUCCCAGGAUCCUCUCCGAGCCAGUGAUAAGGCCUUGAUAAGUAGUGGCCCAUACAUGAUGAAAGAGGAAGAUGCAAUGGUAUACAGAAGGCCAUACCUUGUCUCUGGUUCUUCUGGUUUUGCAUUGAAUGCAAUCAGCAGGGCUAUGAAAAAGGACCUUAAGGUUUACAUUGAAUCUAUGAGGAAUAUAUUGUCGAAUGAUUCAUGGAAAACGAAAACAACAGUAUGUUGGGGCUUGAGAGAUCGGUGGCUGAACUAUGAUGGGGUUGAAGAUUUUUGUGGCAGCCUAAAUCACAAUAUAUUAGAACUGCCAAUGGCAGGGCACCAUGUGCAGGAGGACCGUGGUGAAGAGCUAGGCAAUCUAGUCAAACGCAUAUUAAGCGGGUGACAACAUUCAUGUGGGGACAGGCUCUAGAGCAUGCCAAGAACAGAUCCUCCACAUAGGAAGGAGUCAAAAUAUGGCAAUGCAACAAUGACAAACACUUCUUUAUAUGAAAACAGAAGCUGAACCGCCUCAUUGAAGACCAGUCUACUCCAUGGAUAUGACACUGACCUAAAGUGAUGGUGAGUGUCUCUGACAAUAACGGCAAUACCAGUUCGUGUUCCAUGUUUUCUGAUAGUGUUCAGAGGUUCAAUCCUGGUAUAUAUACUGCUUGACCGAUAUUUUUUACCCAUUAUUAUCUGAAUGCUUUAAUUCAAAGCAUUAUGUUAAUACAGAUCAGGAAUUCAGUUCUGUCGUUUGGAAAGUGCACUUGCACACCGACUACGCAACAUCGUUUAUUGAUUAAUCUGCUACUGCGCCUAUAGUGUGUAUGCUUUGCCUUCCUUUUUUUUAUGCACUAGGGUUCAUGUUUGUGGCUCUGCAAGCAACAUUAGCCUUGAAGGCUUUAAAUCACAAAGUGGUCAAGGGUUAGUGUAUGUGGUGCUGAAGCCAUGCUGACAAAAUAUGCUAAAAUCUCACGUAGGAGUAGCUGCGGAACGCGUAGUUUUCACGUCGGGUUCUCUCGACAUUGCUAGCUCUGUACCUAAGCUAGCAAUUCCUUUUGUUUCCAUUGAUUAGUGCUGCACUAUGUGUGUGGCAUCUGACAUGUCUAGAGAAAAAAACUUUGGGCGGCUCCUGUGACAAUAUUCUGAUGUUGAAGGAUCUAAUGUCGGUGAAAUGCAAUCAUGGUAGAUGACUUUGUUGUCAUUUAGAGGUUCGGUUAAUAUAUAUAUAUAAACACAGAAAGGAAUCCAGCAAAGGCUAAAAGCACUGGUUGUAUUUGCAUUUCUGUAUCAAGCAGUGGUGAAAUGGAAAGUUAAGUUGGAAUCUUCAGCUAGAGGAGUUAUUUUUUUUUGUCAAAAGUAAGUUUCAAAAUUUGAUUGUAAAGUGGUAAAUCAAAUGGUUUAAGUUGCAUGCCCUAUGAAACGCUUAUAGAUUGGCAUCAGCACAGCAUCGACUAUACGUAGUUGCAAAACAAUAAUUUAUAUGUUUAUUGCUAUGUAUCAAAAAAUUGGAUUUUAACUUUUGCAUGAUAUUAAUUUUAUAGUUCUUCAUUAUAUAUCAUGACAAAAUUAUAAUGUGCACAAUUUUGCAUUACAGACACUGUAAAAAAACUAUAAUUUGGGAGUACCUCUUAAGAAUAAAUUAUAGGAAAAAACGAUGAAAAAAACCCUAACUACAUGUGUAGCAGUAUUUUGAGAAAAAUAAUGAGCAGGCUCGACCAUUUAACCUCCCGUGCGCAAUAUGCCUGAACUAUAUUAAUUAUACACGCUAUAUGUAAAGCAAUUUGGCUAGUCAUCUCUGAAAGGGAGAUGCGUGCAUGCGCGUAGAAUUUAACCAACAAAGGAGGUGAUCUUUUGGCUUUUCAAAAAAAAGUCAUAUUUGCAAAAAAAAUAUAU